CUGAAUUGUUCUUAGCUGAAGGCUGAAGCUUUUCUCUUCUCUGUUUCCUUUCUCAAAUUGGAUAACAAUGGAAUCUUCAUGACAAGAAACUAAAAUUAAGUAGGGUUUGCCUGGGAUUUUGAUAAGAAAUCCUUGUGGGGAGUUGGAGAAAACUGCAACUCUGCAAGAAAGCUCUUAUACAAUUUCUCCAUAGCUGUUGCUUCCAUCUGUGCCUCGGAAUUGGGCAUUGAACAGACAGUAGCUCAGUAUUAACCAGUUGAUUCUGAUUCUCUGUGUUUGAUUUCUGGCAUCCUCUGAGUCUAUAUCUAUUUCUAUGUGUAGAAAUAAAUGGGCAAUGCUGGGGUCUUAGCAUUCUACAUCACAAUAUGCUGUGUGGCCUUUGUCAUCUCAAAAAUUGUUGUCUCUGUCCUCCUUUACCGGAGAUGGCAAAGGAAGCACAAUGUUAUCCAAAAUAGCAUGUCAGGUGGAAAGAUGGUAAUGUUCAGGUCUGAAAAGUUGCAGGCACUGACCUCAGAAGCAUUCUUAAAGAAGACAAUGAAGUUAACCAACAAAGAUAUUAUUGGCUCUGGUGGCUACGGAACAGUCUACAGGCUGAUCAUAAAUGAUUCCAUAGCCUUUGCUGUAAAAAGAGUAAACAGGGGUAGUGCAGACCGUGACCGAGGAUUUGAGAGGGAGUUGAAGGCAAUGGGGGACAUAAAGCACCGGAAUAUUGUCACUCUCCAUGGAUAUUGCACUGCUCCUCAGUUUAAUCUUCUUAUAUAUGAUCUAAUGCCUAAUGGAAGUUUGGAUGCAUUGCUUCAUCGUAGAUCAAAUGACAAGAAACCUCUGGACUGGCCUUCAAGAUACAAAAUAGCUGUAGGUUCUGCAAGAGGCAUUUCUUACCUUCAUCAUGAUUGUAUCCCUCAUAUAAUCCACAGAGAUAUUAAAUCAAGCAAUAUAUUGUUGGAUAAAAACAUGGAAGCUCGAGUAUCUGAUUUUGGAUUAGCAACAUUAAUGGAACCAGAUAAUACUCAUGUUUCAACAUUUGUUGCUGGAACAUUUGGUUACUUAGCACCUGAAUAUUUUGAUACUGGGAAAGCAACAGCAAAGGGAGAUGUCUACAGCUUUGGUGUUGUUUUACUUGAGCUUCUAACUGGAAAAAGACCAAUGGAUGAAGCAUUUCUUGAGGAGGGAACCAAACUGGUAACCUGGGUAAAAGCAGUUGUUAAUGAGAAGAAGGAAGAGCUUGUAGUUGACAAUAGCUUAGUAUGUUAUCCAAUGGAUGAAGUUAACAUUGUGUUCCGUAUUGCGCUAAUGUGCCUCGAAUCAGACCCCUCCAAGAGACCAGCUAUGGAUGAGGUUGUCAAAAUGCUAGAGCAGAUAAAGUCUGAUAAACUUGUAUUGGAUUAUUGAUAUCUGCUUAAGCAUUUUCUGUUUUCAAGUUAAAGGGUUUUGAUUGAAUGAUUAGAACCACAAAUUUGAGAAGUUCAGCCUCAGCUCUUCCAAGACAACUCUUCUCGACUCUUGGCUACAUCAAGGUUGCAAAACAAGGACCUGUCCAUUUUGAUAAAAGGUUCACCUAGUUAAAGCUGUAGUUUACAAUAUUAAUCCCUUUUCAGAGUGACAUUUUGUAACUGAAAGUAUAUACUCUUCUGUAAUUAUGGAUCCAUUAGGUUGACCUACAAGGCCAACCCAAAACUGUAAAUGUAAAUUAUGCAUAACAUUUCAAGAAAAAAAAAAACUUCUGAAGCACUUUUGUGCUGGUUAAUUU